CCCGCCCGGCCUGCCGGCGCUCGAUUGGCUGCCGCUGCUGCUUACGCGUCGCGCUUCCUCGUCUGCCCCUCGUGUCCAAGGCAGCGCGCUCUCUUCUUCCCUCAGCCGAGAAGAAGCGAUGGCGCCGAUGGCCUCUCCGGGCACCCUAGCCCUGCUCCUGCUGGCCGGCCUCUCCAGCUGCUCAGCAGAGGCCUGCGUGGAGCCCCAGAUCACCCCUUCCUACUACACCACUUCCGACGCUGUCAUCUCCACCGAGACCGUCUUCAUCGUGGAGAUCUCCCUGACGUGCAAGAACAGGGUCCAGAACAUGGCUCUCUAUGCUGACGUCGGUGGAAAACAGUUCCCUGUCACCAGGGGCCAGGAUGUGGGGCGCUAUCAGGUGUCCUGGAGCCUGGACCACAAGAACGCCCACGCGGGUACCUAUGAGGUCAGGUUCUUCGAUGAGGAGUCCUACAGCCUCCUAAGGAAGGCUCAGAGAAAUAAUGAGGACAUCUCUAUCAUCCCACCCCUGUUCACAGUCAGUGUGGACCAUCGGGGUACCUGGAACGGGCCCUGGGUCUCCACCGAGGUGUUGGCUGCAGCAAUUGGCGUGGUGAUCUACUACCUGGCCUUCAGUGCAAAGAGCCAUAUCCAGGCCUGAGGGCGGCAUCCCAGCCCUCCUUUGCUUUUUACAAUAAACAGUCUCUGACUACAAGGCACAUUGGCGAGCCAGG